AUGGUGAAGAACAGCAUCUCCGUUCAAAUGUUCAGUGUACUUGUUGGUGCAGUGGUUAGCGGUCAGCUCAGUGAUCGAUAUGGAAGAAAGCUGGUUCUGAUUUCAUAUCUGUUUUUCGGACUGGGCCUGUUUUCACUGGCAACUAUGUGGUCAGCGACAUUCACGCAAUUCAACGUAAUUCGUGCUAUCACAGGGUUCUUCACCGGCGGUGUGAGCCCGGUCCUCGGUGUCUACUUGAUAGAGAAUAUACCAAAAGAUCACCGGAUGUGGAUAAAUACCGUAGUAACGUGGUCGCCCAACUUCAUCAUCUAUCCAGUCAUAGCAUACUAUUGUCAUGAUUGGCGCAAAUUGGCUUUCUUCAGCUUCGUUAUUGCGGUCAUCACAAUAAUCAACCUUCUUUUUCUUCACGAGAGCCCUCGCUGGUUGAUUCAACAUGGAAAAAUUGACAAGGCACGUCAAGUCCUCACGAAUAUCAGGCACUUUGACGGCAAAACUUGCGAGAAAGAGGCUGCAGAAAUCGAAGAGAUGUUACGGUUUGAACAGCAGGUGAGCCAGCCCAGGACA